CAACGAGAGCGGGGCGAGGAUGGAGCUGACGGGCGUCGGCGGCUGCACCACCCCGCAGCUUAGCAACAGUGAACAGAUCAGGUUACUCAAUGCUGUGAAAAACCGAGAGCUCACCAUUGACCAAGCCUGGAAAGUUGCUCAAAGUGGCAAGCCUACAAUACAGGAGCCAAACAAACCAGAUAAACUUAGUAACAAUGAACAGAUCAUGUUACUCAAUGCAGUGAAAAACCGAGAGCUCACCGUCGAUCAGGCCUGGGAAAUAGCGCAACGUGGCAAGUCAACAAUACAGGAGGCGAGCAAACCAGAUAAAAUGCCUGAAAACACAUCCUACAACUUUUUUGUAUAUAAGUAUAACCGAUACAGAAGGCAGAAGAGGAUAUUGAUGAUCGAUUACAAUUCAAGGAUGUUGUGUAAUAUUGAGAAAGGAAUUAUUAAAAAACAUUUUCCAUUUAAAUCCAUCAAAUCCUGUGAGCAACUUGAAGGGCAGAAGUUCAGCAUUUCAUUUUUAAUACAUCAUGAUUAUGAACUUGAAGCCACCUCUGCUGAAGAUAGAGUAAAGAUGAUCCACCUAGUGAAUCAGAUCAUUCAAAAUAAUAUUAGUGAAGCACCACAGACAAGUCAGAGUGCCAAUAGUGCUACACAAAAAGAGAUUGGAGUCAUAAAAGAAGGGCAAAUAGAAUUACAGAAAGGAGGCCUUGCUUCGGUAAAAUGGAACAGAUACCAUGUGCAGCUGCGUAAAGGAGAACUUUGUUUCCAGCGCCUUGGUGUCAGUGAAGUGGGUGAACAGUUGGGCUUGACUCCGAACCUCAUUUACUUAUCAGAUGGUAACACAAGUGUACACAAGGAGGUGGAAAAUGGGUCCUUCACCAUUAUCACAAAGAAAAACUGUUACUUACUUCGAAUACCAGUUACUGAGCAGUUGAAAAGCGCAGAAGAUUUAAGAAAGUGCCGGGAUGAAUGGAUCGAUGCCAUUGAUAAGUGCUGUUUGCAUUGGAAGAGAUUAUCUCAGUCACAAUUUUUUGCUGAGGAUACCUUGUAUGAGGUUAUUCCAGCUACACCAUCCAGAAAGGAGCCUGCUGAACAACACGUAUUAAAGCAACAAGACUCAUUUGAAAACCAAUUCCUGGAGAAGGUAGAAGAGGAGAAGGAACAAAAAAUGGUCGGAAAAAAAGGGGAGAAAGAAGGACUUGAACCUGCUUCACCUCUGAAAUCCCCUUUGCGAACAUCAGCUAUUUCUCCUCUACCUCAGCAUGUCCAAGCUCCACCAUUACCUCCUGUUCCACACCAGAGACCAAUUAUCCCUACACCACCUCCACUCCUGGCUAAGAAAUCAAGUGAUGUGGUGAGGAAGACAAAACCGUUUCAUUGGGAAAAAGUUGCCUCAGAAAGGAUACCAAGAUCUAUUUGGGAACAGAGCCGUGCAGCUGAAAUACGAUUACACUACCCAAGUCUCUUUGAUCAGUUCACUGUUGAAGAAAUGGUGAUACAGUCAGUCAAUGAAUUUUCCAGCAAUCAGGUUAUUCUUCUGAAUCAAAAAGUCGCUCACAACUUCAACAUUUUUCUGAAAAGUUUUCCGGUCAAAGUGACCCAACUAAAGAUGAAACUGCUCAUAAUACAAGAAGAAAAUGGUGGACUAACAAAUGAACAGAUCACUUCCUUACGGAGGUAUGUCCCCACACCAGGUGAUAUUGAAAAAUACAAGGCAUACAAAGGCUCUCAGUCUGAUCUCCAUAUUGUUGACCAAUAUAUGAUGGAGAUGUGCAACAUUCCUUAUCUGAGCCAGAGACUGGAUGUUAUCCUUGCCUUACGAGAAUAUCCAGAAACUAUUAAUGACCUUCAGCCACUGAUAAGGCAGAAAAUCAAGGCAUGUUCGCAGCUGCUGAACAGCAAGCUGUUUGUUUCUGUGCUCGAUUAUCUCUUGGCAAUUGGCAACUUCUUAAACAAGAAUGCCGGCAAAGAAGUGGCAAAAGGAUUUUCUCUGUCAUCUCUGCCGAAAGUAGUCCACUUGCGAGGAAAGGUCAGGACAUUCACCUUACUUCAUGCUCUUGUGGACCAGAUAACAUCACGAGAGCCCAGCUUGAUAAACUUUCCCCAAGAGCUCACAGAAUUUGAAGAGGUUCCUGGAGAUUCCAUUAAGGGUUUGAUUGCAGAGGUGGAUGUUUUAAAGAAUGAGAUGGCAAAGAUCAAUCUGCACAAAAAGACACUCAAGCCAAAAAACAAGAACAGCUCAGAUGGGCAGUUUUACAAAGAAUUGAAGUCUGUAAUUCAAAAAUAUGAAGAAGAAUUGUCACACCUGAAUAAACGAUGUGAUGAAAUGAGGAAACUCUACAAUGACAUCUUGGUCAGAUUUGGAGAACCACAAGAUCGAGACUCAGGAGUUAUGUUCGGAUGGAUCUCCUCCUUCAUUAAAGAUUUUAGGAAAGCUGUCGCAGAACAAAACAACUGUAGAUCAGAAACAGCUCAGAAAUAAUACUAACUUUUGUUGUAAGAUGCUUUUCUUUUUCCGAUGGCUUGUUCAAGUUUUUCAGAGCAGUACUGAAAUUAGUCAAAUUAGUAACGGUAUUCCAAAAUUCAAUGUCCUGAAAGGUGAAAUAGAAACACCAAUUUGUUCAUCAUACUUGAAGAUCUUUAUCACCACAUUACUUUCCUCUGUGUCACACCUUAUUUGAGAGAACAAAUGGGUGAAAUAUUCUCAAGCCUCCCAUCAGUGUUAUUCACAUGUGCUCUCUGAGGAUGCAGUACUGGAUGACUCACUGGCCUAUUAAUUGGAUGGGAAUCAAUUUUGUAAUGGAUUAUAAAGCUCAUUAUGAAAAGAUUCAGGUGUAUGGUCCAGUAUUCUCUUACUGUCUGGCACAGAUUAUGUGCGUACUGUAAAGAGAACUCACUGUAGACACAGUGGCACAACUAGUGAAAUUGUUGCCUCACAGUUGCAGUGGCCUGGGUUCAGUCCUGAUGUCCUGUCUGUGUGGUGUUUGCAUGUUCUCCCUUUCAUUUUAUGGGUUUUCUUUGGGUACUGUAAGUUAUUCCUAGUGUGUAGGUAGGUGGUAGAACCUGGGAAGAGUUGGUGGGAAUGUGGGGAGAAUAAAAGGGUUAGUGUAGGAUUAGUGUUAAUGGCUGCUUGGUGGUCAAUGUGGACUCAUUGGGCUGAAGGCCUGUUUCUGUGCUGUUUCUCUCUGUGACUAUAACUCUAUGACUCCAGUUGAAGGUAGCUGAGUGUUGACCAUGUUUGACUGUAAAAGUAUUUUUUGUGUCUGAAAGCCUUACCACACACACCAGGCACUUUUGCUUGCCAAGCCAGUAUACAGCCCUUCUGCUGAUCUGCAGAAUACCUGAGUGAACUAAGAUGGCAUGCCAGUUGUAUUUGUGAUAUGGACAAGAAGUGUCAGUUUUUGGGAAAAUAAUGUGGAAUUAUGUUCUCAAUGAAAGUUGUAGGGCUUCUGUGAUAAAAUCAUAAUGUCUACCUUGAGUUUAAACUUCUUUUGUAUUGAUGGGAUGAAAACAUGUUUGAUCUCUUGAACUGCUUAACAUGCUGAAUUUAAGUUUAGAUAGUCCUGAAACUGCACAAACCUAGCUACUACACAACCAGUGAUUGCCACUAAUUAACUAGUUUUAGUCAGCAGGGAUGGUUCAUAUUGGAAAUAUAAAUGUUAUCUUGUUGUGGAGAUGGGGAUGGUGAUGUUGAUGGAGGUGGGAUGGAGAGAGAUGCUAAUGAAUGCUUGAUGCUUGACUAUUCCAGCCAGCUGCAUUAAAUCAUCCUUGUUGUAAUAUUGUUCAAAGAAUUUGGGUUAAAAUAAUGAAAAAUAGCAUUUAAAACACACUGUAAAAUAGUCAAUAAUUGAUGGACCAAAAAAUAAA